CCGGCGGUGCCCGAACGCGGUGGGAGACGAAGACAGUGGGACCAUGCGGGUGCACGGGGCGAUCGCGGUGUUGGGGACCCUCCUGGUCUUGGCUACGGCUCAACGUCGAGCCGGUGGCCGGAGCCGUGGCUGGAGCCAGCCCUGGAGCGGGCGGCCGGUGCCUUUCCGGAGCUGGGACUCGGGGCUGUACCGGCCGUGGCAGGAGGGGACGGCGCGGCAGCGGGACUGCUGGCGAGGCGGCGACGUCACCUUCGACAUCAGCAACGAUGCUCCCACCAUGGCGGGCGCCGAGGCCACCUUCUCCAUCGCCCUCCGCUUCCCCAGCACGCAGGCGGUGCUGCCCGAUGGCCGCGUCGUCUGGAGCCAGAACUGCACCGUCAACGGCACCCGCGUCGCCCAGGGUGAGCCCGUCUUCCCGGAGCAGCCGGCCGAGGGCGCGGAUGGCGUCUUCCCCGACGGGCAGCCGUUUCCCCCCAGCGCCAGGGGCAAGCGCGGAAAAUUCGUCUACGUCUGGUGGACGUGGGGGCGCUACUGGCAGGUGGUGGACGGUGCCGCGUCCCGGCUGACGGUGAGCACGGCGGGGGUGCCCCUGGGCUCCUACACCAUGGAGGUGGUCGUCUACCACUACCGCGGCCGCCAGAAGUUCAUCCCCAUCGGUCGCGCCAGCACCCAGUUCAGCAUCACCGACCAGGUGCCCUUCGCGGUGGACGUGACGCAGGUGCAGGACGCGGCGGAGGGCGACGGGCGCUUCGUGCGUAACCGCGCCGUGGCUUUCACCGUGCGGCUGCACGACCCCAGCCGCUACCUGCGCGACGCCGACAUCUCCUACUCCUGGGACUUCGGGGACCAGAGCGGGACCCUCAUCUCCCGCAGCGCCACCGUCACCCACACUUACCUGGAAGCCGGGUCCUUCGCCGCCCGCCUGGUGCUGCAAGCCGCCAUCCCCCUCAGCCCCUGCGGCACCUCCGCGGCCCCCGUCGUGGACCCCACCACCGGGGCACCGCCGUCGGCAGGACCCACGGCCACGCAGCCCACCGGCACCACGCCGAGCACCGCCGGGGCACGGAGCACCGCCGGCGCACCCAGCACUGCACCCGCAGCCUCCAGCUCACCAGUGGAGCCCACGGGGGGAUCAGCGGCUGCGCCCUCGGACCCUGCCGUCACCGAGCCCGUCCUCCUGGCGCUCAGCACCGCGGCAGACAGUGCCAGCGGAGCCGCAGAUGCGGCAACAGCUGGAGCCACAGCUGGAGCCCUGGUUGAAGCCACAGCUGGAGCCACAGACGGAGCAACAGUGGGAGCCACAGCUGUAUCCCUUGCUGCUGCCACAGCUGGAGCCACAGCUGGAGCCACAGACGGAGCCACAGCUGGAGCCACAGCUGGAGCCACAGACGGAGCCACAGCUGUGUCCCUUGCUGCUGCCACAGCUGGAACCACAGCUGGAGCCCUGGUUGAAGCCACAGCUGGAGCCACAGCUGGAGCAACAGUGGGAGCCACAUCUGUAUCCCUUCUUGCUGCCACAGCUGGAGCUACAGCCGGAGCCGCAGCCACCCCUGACGGCACCGCCGAGCCGCUGGUGCUGGUGAAGCGCCAGGCACUGGCCGCCGAGUCCACCGGCUGCAUCCUGUACCGCUACGGCACCUUCUCCACCCAGCUCGACAUCGUCCAGGGGAUCGAGAGCGUGGCCAUCGUGCAGGUGGUGCCGGUGGUGGCGGAGGGCGGCGAGAGCAGCGUGGAGCUGACGGUGACGUGCGAGGGGAGCCUGCCCGAGGAGGUGUGCACCGUGGUGGCGGACGCCGAGUGCCAGACAGUGCAGACGCAGACGUGCUCGACCGUGACACCGGCUCCCGGCUGCCAGCUCGUCCUGCGCCAGGACUUCAACCGCUCCGGCCUCUACUGCCUCAACGUCUCCCUGGCCAACGGCAACAGCCUGGCCGUGGCCAGCACCCGCGUCGCCGUCACAGGCGCUGCCCCGGCUGCCGGCAGGACCACGCUCUUCAUGGGGCUGGUGCUCAUCGCCGCCACCCUGGGCACCGCUGCCUACACCUACAGGCGUGUGAAGUACAGCCCGCUGCUGGCCGCGGCCCCCCCGGCCCCCCGGCCCCGGGCCUGGCUGCCCCCCAGCUCUGCCCUCCGCCUCCUGCUGCGCCGGGCCUUCGGGGGGGCCCCCAGCGGAGAGAGCAGCCCCCUGCUCCGUGCCAACACCGUCUAGGGCACCCCCCCGUCCCGUCCCGCAACCCCCCUCCCUGGCCCGAGCCCCCAGGAGCUGGGGGGAUGCGGGGGGACACACGCCGACACUGACAUUAAAGGCUCAG